AUGCCGCUGGUCAGGAUGCUCUCGAUGGUUCCUCUGCAGAAUGUUGUCAUGAUGGAGGGUGUGGCACUUGUCCUCUUCAGUUUGCGCAAGAAGUACUGGGGACCAUUCAUCCCUAAUAACCAGGGGAAGGACAACUGUGCAGGAGCAUGGCUGACUGAUGGAGAUGAGAGCAUGUGGGGGGACCGCAAAUGUGAUGAGCAGCAUCCAUUCUUCUGUCGCUCAGAUGACCUGGUGUUGGUGUCUCAGGAGCUGACCUGGAGGGAGGCUUUCGCAUACUGCGGUGAGCGUGACAUGUAUCUGGUGAGCAUCUUCACUGAGGAGAUGGAGCAGCGUGUGAUGGAGGUGGCCAAAGCUGCCUCCACCUCUGAGGUGUGGGUGGGCCUGCGCUACUUGUGUGUCCUGGAGAUGUGGAUCUGGAGCACUGGGGAGACCGUCUGCUACGACAACUGGGCCCCAGAGGGCCAGGUUGGGAUGGAAAAGUGCAGGGAAUGGCAGCAGGGGAGGACUGGAGCGGUGAAGAAAGAAGGGAGAUGGGUCAGCCGACCUGAAAACGAGAAACUUAACUUCAUCUGUGCCACUAGAGAUGCAAUGUGACCACCCUGCAGGGAAGAGAGGAGUGCAGGAGCAGUGCACUCAACAGAGCUGCAGCAGAAGAGUUCUGUGACAUUUAUGGAUAAUAAAG